UGACGCGUGGGUUCAAAAUCUCGUCGCAGCAGUUUUGAACGCUCCCAACACUUCUCAGAUGAUUUUUUUUUCAUGAUUUGGUGGCGUUGUAGUAGGCUAUUUGUUUAUCUGCGCCUCUCAAGGACAACUCGGAGGUUUUUUUGUUGUCAAUAUUUUGCGGACCAUGGUACUUUUACUAUAUUCAAAAUGGACUAGAAACGUAAAUCUCAGGUAAAACACGAUUUCUUUGGGCGUGGUGCUCAAGAUUAGGAAGCCAUUCGAUAUAAAGCAUGAAACGCUAUGGGAAUUAGGCUAAAGCUAUUUUUCAUGAACGUCACUUUGGGGAUUUUACCUUAGCUCGUAAGAUAUUAAUAUAAGAAGUAUUGCUAGAAAAGUGUUAUUGUUUUAAAAUGGAAUAGUCCUUCAAACACAAAACGACUCUCGAUGCAGCCUUCAGCACAAGGGACCACUGAACCAACCAGUUACGUUAGUCAAAGGAUUCCACUUGAAAACGCAAGUGAACGAAUCUUUGUGGUGAACUGAUCCAAAAGACUUGAAUCACAGGAGUGAAUCCAAAUCCCCACCACAAGCAGUCGAUGAGAUGCGGGUGGAGCGAGCGCACCAUCAGCCUCCGGAGCAGCGCGCAGGGCUCAGCAUCCAAUCAGCGCAAGGCGGACGUCUUAUAGAUGCUGUGUGCUCUUCACUUUUACUCACUGCAAAGGCGCCUGAUCCGCUGACCUAUCAACAAACUAUGCUUCCAGACUUGGCAGGAGGGAUGUAAAGUGAAUGGAACCCUCUUCACAUCCUUUUUCUGCUCUUGGCUUCUAAUUAAAACUUGGCUGUAGAACAUUUCCCUCUCAAAUGUUUAAUUGCCUUUCAGAUGUUGAUGGACUCAUUUGGAUUCUCUCCAGGGCACUUAAAAUGACUUCAAACACCUGAAAAUUAUAAAUCACUACUCCACAUGUGCUCACAGGGCAUUAAUAAGAAAAAACUCCCGCUGUUGGAAUGACACCGUGACCUGUAAUGUUUAUUCGUUAUUUUUUCAAUAUGACUUGGAUUAACAACGUCUGCCCUUGAAGUGUAGAGCAUUCAGUAAUAAAGAAGCUGGACAUGACUUUCCCUGGAGGGGUUCAUGUGUCAAGGAAAGUCUUCAUCCCUCAUGGCUGUCCCCUUAUCUUGAGAUUCAUUUUAGCUGUGAUUUGUUUGAGUGCAAUGGGUUUUGCGUGUCCCAAGAGUUGCCACUGCUCCGAGAGGAAUGGCUUGUCGGUAGUGCAGUGUUCCUCUCGCAACCUAGAAGAGAUUCCCUCUGACCUUCCUCACGAUACUGUGUCGCUUUUUCUGUCCUCCAAUCACAUCACCAAAAUUCCAAACCAGGCUUUUAAAAACCUUCCCUGGCUCCAAGAGCUGGACUUGUCAAGGAACGCCAUCGAAACCGUGGACGCUGGGGCUUUUCAAGGUGUUACGGAGAGCUUGCGGGCACUCGACCUGUCCCAUAAUCACAUGCAGGGUGUCCCUAAGGAAGCCUUCGCUCGGCUGCAUGCCAAGAUCAGCCUGUCCAACAACCCAUGGCACUGUGAGUGCACUCUUCAGGAGAUGUUGCGCGAACUCAGGCUGGAUCCCGAGACUGUGAACGAGGUGAGCUGCCACACCUCCGUUCAGGAAGAGUACGCCGGCAAGCCUGUCAUCCAGGUCUUGGAUUCGGGCAUAAACUUUUGUAACUUCCACCAUAAGACUACCGAUGUGGCAAUGUUUGUCACCAUGUUUGGUUGGUUCACGAUGGUUAUCGCUUAUGUCAUCUAUUACGUACGGCAUAACCAGGAAGAUGCUAGGAGGCAUCUGGAGUACCUCAAGUCCCUGCCAAGUAGCUCCCAAAUUAGUAAGGACUUUGACACAAUCAGCACUGUUCUCUAGCAUCAGUCAAUGCAGUGUAGGAGUGAAUUUGUUUGGCACAUUGAUGAUGGCAAAACGGCAAGCCUUAUAAGGGAGAGUGGGGUAAGAUGUGUCAUUUCCUCAGUUUGUCCUCAAGGAAAGGAGAAACGAGGAAUCAUGAGAAACCUGUAUUUGUAUGCACUUAAAAAAAAUAAUUUGCUGGGCAAAAACCAAUUCCAAAGUCUUAUUUGCCCUGUACAUUAUUGACAUUUUCAUAUAUAAAGAAAAAGAUUUAAUUCUGAGAAUAUUUUAUUUUCAAUAUUUUCUAAUAAUAGUAUUUCACGCAAUUGGAACCGAAGCUUACCAAAUACCUAACAUGCAUGAAAUGUCUCUCUUAUUUAUUUGCUUUGAGAAUAAAUUGUCUGCUGCAGAAAAUUUAGUUUGACAUGCAAAACGCCAUUUUUU